AUGGCUUCAUAAAGACUAGACAAUCUCUAGAAAAUUGUUUCUGAUAGAGUUUAUUUAUUAUAGGCUUAUUUAGUAUAUUUUCGAAGAAAAAAAUUUAGAAAUUUAUUAAUGUUUAUAGGAAAUUAAUUAAGAUUAAUUUCUUUAAAAUGCUUAUUUGAAAAAAGCUAUGGAAUUCUAACAUUUCAUUAAUAUGGGAAAUAUUAGUGGGUUUUUUAAAUUAUAUUAAGAAUGUAAAGAUCAUGGGAAAUAUAUUAUGGAUAUUUAUAUUUAAAAAUGGAUUAUUUGGGCUGUUAAAAUAAUUUGCAAAACGUAUGGACCGGAAGGGAUUUCAGUGGAUAUAUUGUAGAAUAUUUUUAAAUAUUAGAGUAUUGA